UUUUAGUCAUCCUUCGUCGUUCGUUCGUGGUUGGUUGAUGGACUGCUUUUCAAUGUUCAAGUUUACUUUCUCGCGGUUUGUGAUAGAAUGUUUUUCUGUAUCAUAGGCUACUUUCUGAAAUAGAUUGAUCAUUUUAGACUUUACGGCAUUGUGACAAGGAAGUAGCGCACCUGUAAUCCAGUUUGCUGUUUUUGUGCGUUAGGCUAAGCUCGCAAUUAGCACUCAAUAAACGAACGAGAAUAAAACCAGUUGUGUGAGUCUCGUCGUCAUCAUUAACGGAGUUGAAGAUACUAGAAUGCAUCAUCGGAUCUGUCAGUAGGUGUAAUUCAAUUAUUGUGCAGAAUAGCAAAGUGUUAGCUUCGCAUAACACGGAAUUCAAUUCAAUCAAAACAGUGUUCGUGUUCUUAUUUACUCGCAAAUGUGACAUGAAUAAAGUGUUGAAGUGUAUAUUGAUUGCGGAAUUGCGAGUUCAACUCAACGUCGUGCCACCUCGCGCCCCACCUGUGCAGUGCGGUGAAAAAUGGUAGUGAAACAAGUUAAUUAUUCUGGCCGAGUUGGAGCAUAGAUUCUGUUGAUGCUAUUGUUUUGCGUCGUGAAAGUGGGAGCCGUCGACAUCGUCUCGCCGCCGUUGUCUUCAUCGGAAACCGAAACCGGAGCACCAGCAAAGGAGUGGUUGGUGAAUCUCUCGGCUCGCUGGUUUAGAGGUAUAUGCUGACAGAGUGCGCAUAAAUAUCGAGGGCGUAUGGAGAGUCGAGAAGGCCGACUCCGCCGAAGGGAACCAAAGUGCAAAAGAGAGUAGUAGUGAAUGCAUUUCAUCUACUACACGCGGAGAACUCGAGAAACGAACAACGACGACUUAACUAACAGAGUACAGAGGGAAAAUAAAAAAGAAGUUGCUCAUUUGAAGUGCUCUCGAAGCAAACAUCAACCAUCGUGUGUUGGCCGUGGUCUCGAAACCGAGGUGUGCUUAGUACUGUGAUAAAAUUUCACACUUGCAGGAGGAUAUCGGAAGAAUGAUGGUGCCGCCAGUAGAACAGUGCUUCCAAAGUGGUAUCGAUUCCAGCCUUGUGGUUGACCAGUGACCAGUUGUGAAACGAUUUCUGAUUUCAUUUUUUGUCGACCAGACCGGACCGGCUCGCGGAGGCACCGAGCGUGAAUUUGCAUAUUUCAACUGGGGCUCUGGGGCAGAAAUCGCGAGACAGAAAUGAAACGUGUAUGAAAUUGCCGUUCCAGGAAUUUGAAACGCGAAAGCAGCUAGUCAGUCAGGCCAGGCCAGGCCUAUCCUAUCCAGAAAUACCCACCUCCUAAAUGCUUGUGUUUGCGUGUUUUCAGUUUUGCUUCGCGGAAUAGUUUCGUCUGAUGUGCGUUCUGAGUGCGUGUCUGUCCGGUUUCGGUGUGCCGGCUCAUUGUUGAUUGAUUCCACUGUGGGGAAACGAUUUGUUUACAAUCUAAAAAGUAUGAUUUAAUAAUCGAAACGAGUCUGCUUGGUCCACACAGGGUUCGCGGUAGUUACAGUGAAGGAUAAGUGAAUUGAAGAAAAAAAAUAUAUCAUAAAUAAAAAAAAACGGUGAAAAUAAACCAUGAGUGUGUUCAGUGAUUUCCAGAGAAUGUGGGUUCAACGGUUUCCGCAAAGUUCACUCUCGGACGCCUGGGAACAGGACGUCCGUGCCAGUUUGGCUCGGCACAAGCAGAAAAUUGCCGAGCUCAGCAAGGAGCUGGAGCAGGAGACGCUGUAUGUGGAAUAUCUGGAGCGAUUGCUGGGCGAUGUGGAGAAAUAUCGCGAUGCCGGUGGUGAUCCAUCGGCACUGUUCGAGGCCAACUCGCCGGCUUCGGCUGCCAAUCUACUGGCCAGCAGCAAGGAACAUGACCUAGAAACACCGGGCGGCGGGGAGAACGAUGAGAACCAAAUCAUCAAAGCAGCUAGUAAUCACAGUCUCGAUAAGGACACCAACGGGGCGAAAACGGAUGAGGAAGUGCCGGGUGAAAAUGACCCCAGUGCAUCCACCGGACCGGUGGCUCUGCGCAGGGACAACCUACACAAGGACAGUGCACUGAAUCAGUGCAUCAAUGAGCUCACCUCGAACCUGCACCAACGACGCUGCGUCAGCAGUGACAUUUCUUCACCCACCAAAUCGUCAUCGAUGUCCUCGUCUUCCUCACCUUCGUCGACGAUGAUAACCUCUUCCGGUAAGACUGGGCAACCCAACAGUGCCAACGCAAGCAACAAUCCGCAGGACAACACUUCCGACGGCGAACAGAGUCGUCCGCGACGUUCCAGUCACAGUGACGCCCUACUUUCCUCGCCAAGUCAUUUUGUGACGGUGAUAGAAGUCAAAGAGCCUUCCGAGAGUGCUCCCAAUCAGCAGGACGAGUCGAAGCGACAUUCCAGCUCAUCCACUACCGCCGUUCCGGCCUUACCUACCAAAACUACCAGCGACAAUAGCAAUAAUAACAAUCAUCCAACAACAAUUAUCCAACAAUCCAGUACCACUGCCUCCGGCAAACCCAACAACUAUGAAAACGUACUAAUCAAUACCAAACGCGGAAGCUGCGAGAAUCUUAACAAUAACAACAACAGCAACAGUGUGCAUCACAGUCAACUACAGAAAAACAACGCAGCGACAAGUGAGCAGCACAGUACAUUCCUAGACAGCUCCAAACAGCAUCCCAAACCGUCGGCACCACCCCUGGUGGGUUCAUCGAUCGCCGAGCGAACUUCACAGCUCAUAGCCGGCGGGCAGGAGCUCAAGAAAAAGGUUCCACCACGGCCACCACCCAAAUAUCCUCGCCGAGCGGCACCGGUGGAACCUCCGGUCGUACCAGUAACGGCAAUGCACAACCUACGACGGGAUCAGUCUUCCGAUGGGACACCAGAUAGUUCAUUGGAACGAAACAUCAAACCGUCGGAAAUCUAUCGACAGAAAUCAUCGGACUCGCUGGACGUAAAACUUGGAUCGCGAGCUUCCAAAACAGGCGAAAUGGUGGAAGAGUUUGGUAGGAAACUGCCGAAAUCCGAUAGCCUCAAGUCAAAAUCGAGCACGGAUAGCCCUACCGGAUCGCUCGGCAAAAAUACCGGAGUGUCACCAACCGGAAGCCUGAGCAAGCUGGCUCAUACUGCUGGUAGCAGCGAGAGUCCCACGGGUAGUUUGGAUAAGAGCAGUAACCGUGCGAACGACAGUCUACAGUCAGUGGGAUCGAAGGAAUCAUUAGCGUCCACUGGCGGUGGAAUGGGAGCCAUCUCGGAGAGGAUUAAAAGCUACGAGUCCAUAUCUUCUCUCAGCUCGGAUAGCAUGAGGUUAGGUACCGGGACGGCACAAGCAGAACAGGAACAUUAUUAUGAUACGGUUCCGCUGGAGAAUGGCGAUGGGGACUAUGUGUACAUUCAGGCCGGUGGUACCGGAACCGGUUCUACUUCUAGUCGAGACGAUAUCUCAACGGCCGGCAGUACUCUGCCUCUACCGGUGUCUCACCCACGAAGUCACAACAGUAGCCAGACGAGCGUUCAACUAGAGCCAGAAUCUCCGGGACGAAGUUCCAACUACGUUAAUAUCGACUAUUUUAUACACAGUCAGAACCUUGAAAAUCGGAGCAGCUCAAUUGAUAGCGAUGGUGAAGCAGACGGUGGACCACCAGUGCUUAUGCGUGCAAUCUCCAACGAAACCGAUUCUGGUCAACAGGGACAUGGAAUAUUCCGAAAGAUUUCGAAUGCCAAUCGCAACACCAUCAUUCGGCACAUCGUGACCAGUAUUAUCACCAGCGAAACAUUGUACGUCGAGUGUUUGAACAAGAUGAAACAAUACAUGAAGGCUAUACGGGCCACUUUGACCACGUCGCAACCUGUGAUAUCUGAAGAAGAAUUUCAGACGAUAUUUUUUAAGAUCGAGGAACUGCACGAAGUGCAUUCGGAUUUCCUGAACGAACUGAAAGCGAAACAACAACCGCUUCCCGAGGGAGAAGAGCUUUGCGUCGGUGAAGUAUUCCGCCGGCUGGCCGCUCACAUACACCUAUAUGGGGCGUUUCUUCAUAACUACGGACGGGCGAUCGAUACGGUGAAGAAGUGUAGCACACACAGUCACCAGUUCAAGGAAAUUGUGUCUAAUAUAGUGUUUAAGAACCAGAACGAACAAUCACUGUCGCUAGAGGAACUCCUCCACAAACCGGUGGCUCGAGUACAGAAGAAUGCGCUGGUGUUGGAGGAUUUGUUGGCUCAAACACCCGAGCAACAUCCGGACUAUCAUGCGUUGCGGCAAGCGACUAAAACGAUUCGUAAUUUCCUGUCUGAAUUUAAUGUGGUCCAAACUAAGUCGAUGUUUCCGAGUGACGAUAAAGCUCUCCGGCGGUUGGUGAAGAAUUCGUUCAUAGUCGAGCUAGCGGACGGACACCGCAAGCUACGGCAUCUGUUUCUGUUCAACGAUGUAAUCGCUUGUGCCAAAUAUAAAGCAGCUGGGCGGGAUCGCAAUGGAUUUGAGUUUGAGUUGAAGUGGUUUAUUCCACUGCGGGAUAUCGUUAUCUGCGAGGAAUCAGUCAACGACCCGAAGGAAACCAGUCCGAUCAAUAUCGUACAUCUGAAGUCGCAGGCCUGCACCGUGCGAGACCAGAUCAUGCUGGACGAAAGGGACGAGAAAAAGCAACGCUCGAGUGGAUCGCGGGCCGGCGAUAAGCAUAAGAAAAAAUUGGCCGAUUUGGAAGCCCAGCUGGUACUGGCCUCACCGAAUCUGGUGUUCAAGAUUGGCAACAAGGCCACCGGGAAGACGAUGACCUUCUUCCUUAGUUCGGAUUUCGAGCGGACACAGUGGAUCGAGUCUAUUCUUACGUUGCAGCAAUCGUGCAACCUUCCCGGUCAGGUCCCGGUUCAAAUCUAUGACCUACAGGCUUGGAUAACCGCCUGUCAGGCACUCAUCAAAACCGAGAUGGGAUCGUAUCUUAUGCGAAAUGCACGUGACGAAAGCCUACUGGUCGGUGAUCUUCAUUUAACCAUUCAGAAUUUGAAUGGUUUCGAACAACCAUGCGAUCUGUUCAUUUGUGUGGAAAUCGAUUCUUACGGUCACUACUUCCGCAAGGCAAAAACGAAACUGGUUUGCCGAAGUGCAUCACCCCAUUGGAACGAGUCGUUCGUGUUGGAGCUGGAGGGAAGUCAGAAUUUGCGAAUACUGCUGUACCAGGAUGACGCACUAAGACCUAUCCUUAGGGCGAAGCAAAUUUUAAAGGUAAGCGCGGAAGAUUUAAUUGUGUUCAUACUUGUAAAAACCAAGCAUUUUCUUCAGUUGAGUCGUCAGUGGCUUCAGGAGGCACCAGUCACCAAAGUUUUGAAAAUGUCAGACACGCUAACGCUUAGUACAGUGAUUCGGUUUGUUCCCGGAGAAGUGACGUUGCGACGGGUUCCAACGUCUAAACCAGGGGCUCUGUUCGGAGCUAAACUUCAGCAAGUCAUCAAACGCGAAAAACGUGACAUUCCAUUCAUCGUGAGUGCUUGCGUUCGGGAAGUCGAACGCCGUGGCAUGUCCGAGGUCGGCAUCUAUCGAGUGUCGGGAUCAGCAUCGGAUGUUGCCAAGCUGAAAAAAUCGUUCGAAACGAAUGCCUACGAAGCGGAACAGCUGCUUAAGGAGGUAGACAUACACUCCGUGACGGGUAUUCUGAAGUCCUACCUGCGAGAUCUUCCGGAGGCACUCUUUACCGACCAGUAUUACCCGAAAUUUUUCGAAACCUUCAAUCGACACUCCAACCUCAACGAAGCAUCGCGAAUCGAGGCACUGCAUAAGAUUUUCCUUGAGCUACCGCAAUCCAACAAAGCCACCAUCGGAUUGCUGUUGGAUCAUUUGAUGAGGGUGCACCAGCAGGAAAUCGAGAACAAAAUGUCGCUCCACAACCUGGCGAUGGUGUUCGGUCCAACCUUGCUGCGGCCUGGACCAACUGCCGUCAAACAGAAGGACCUACUGGAAUCCAGCACCGCAGACGUGAUGACGCAGGCCGGCAUUCUCUACAGCUUCCUUCAAGCCCGACUGAAAUGAACCUAGACUAUGAACACUGGAAUAAUGAGGGUAUGUUUAUAAAAAAAAGCAUUCACAUUUUGUAGAACUAUUUGUAGUACCAACAGUAUUCGUAUUCAAUACGAAAUGGAAGCGCAAAGGAGAAGUUACGCAUUAUUUGUAUGCUGUCGCGAUCGGUACACGGACACUCCGUAACUUUUGUUUGACUGGUUGAAGAAAUUCAGUGUUUUGUUUUUUAUUGCAAUGAAAACUCUUAACUUUGGCUUGUCCAGUGCUGAAAGCAACUUUUUUUUUAUAAAUUCUGACAAUAUAAAACGUUGAAAAAUGUUCGAAAACCGCAAAAAAACACCCACCUUUCCUUUAAAUAAAGUAUGCAUUUUGAUUUAUCUGUGUAGAUAUAAAUAUACUUAUAGCACUGUUUAUUUCUGAAAUAAACUUUAGUAGUUCAUAAAAAAAGUUUAGUCAUUUUCAGCUUUUCGUAUGAACAUAGUUUUUUUUCUUCUCUUUGUAAAUUCGUUUCCCCUGUGUAUAUAUUAUUAGUUCUUACUAGUUUAGGAAAGCGAACAAAAGUCACGUUUUUUGGCAGUUAUUCUACGGUCUUCAAGGCAGUUAGUUGAACGGAUAUGUUAGUUGCUAGGGUACGUAAUUUCGAGAGGUGUUGUUUGCGCAAAUCAGUACAUUCGCAUUAGACUAUCGUUAUGUGUACAAUAUAUUUAACAUGUGUAUUCUUACAAUUAAACAAUACGAAUUGAGUUAUCAUUGAAAUUACAUUUGGACGUUAUAGUCAGAACCGAUGGCAUGAAAACUCUUAUAGACUUAAUGAUGAAUAUACAAUCAAACACCGUGUAAGAAUUAAACAGCCAAAACAAAAAAUGAAACACACACACAUUGCAGCUAAUUGAAUGCAUUCUUUAUACAGAGCUAAAAGCAAUGUUUAUCGGAAGUCUUAGUUCCGUCAACAUCAACAUACACCACUUACUGGUAUUUUUGCAUGCAAAGAAAAAACGUAUUGGACUGUCGUCACUUAAGACAACACAGUGUAUUGCUGAAUUUAUCUUGUAGGAUUUUCUCUUUAAACUAAAAAAAAAAUGAAAUAAAACAAUCUAUUGUAUUGUGAAUUGAAA